GUAAUAUCCUAACAGCUAGUGCUAUUUUACACAGUAAAAUCCGCAUUUGAAAGCCUGAUCACCAGUUGCCAGUUUGUAUGGCUAACUAUUUGGCCUAGACUGCAAUGAAAAAGCUUCGUAUUUUUGGGUGGCAAAGCUGAUCUACAAACCACAAAAAGGGGCAAACAUGUACAUGCUGAAGGGCAAGGGGAAUAUCACAAUGUUUUACUCUGGCCUUUUUUGGGAUAGGCUAUGUAUUGGCAGACAGCCCUAACUUACCGUUGUCGUUGACACACCCAUAGACACACCCGCUCGCGUAGCCUGCUUUGACACUCUCCGUGCGUGUAGGCCUGUAGCGUGCAUGUCAGAUAACACUUCCCCCUCCCCCUCUGUUUUUCAACAAAUCAUAUGACGACGUUUCUUGUACUGUUGUGCUGGCUGUCGGAAUGAUCAGCUGCACAAAUAAGUUCGCUAAAAUAUUGGUGGAGACAAUUUUGUCAUCUUAAAAUAUUGAUUAGGACUAGUCCUUAGCGUCCCACCCUAAAUCUACGCCCAUGGUUGUACUUAUGUCGGCUAUGGAAAUAAAAGUUUUACGACGUGUUAUUAAUGGUGGUGCAGUGUUAUAAAUUAGGCUACAUCUAGUCUCACCAAAAUAACAAUAUUACCAUCUAAUGAAAUACUUGUAGAAUAAUUUCGCGCAGAGUUUAACAUGUGACCAAUUAACAAAGCAUAGCGCACGGGAACAGAAUAGCCUACUUCGCGCCGCUGUGAUCUGAGAAUGGGGUGAUUGCAGACCACUUCUCCACACGCAUGUUCAGCCACACAUACGCAGUCAUGUCAUGUUGUUAUGGAAACUGCUUCCAACUCCAAUUGGUUUCUUUAUACAAUCCCGCCUCCUCCGUCAGACGCUCCUCCUCUAGGACGGCCCUUGAGCAAAGGUGCAUGCUUUCUCUCAAUGUGUGACCUAUGCACACAGAACCAACAACAGGCUACUGAGGGUAACCCGGGGCAGUGUGACAGAACAGCAAUUAUGGAAGACUAUCUGGUAAUUUACUUUUAUGAUUUACGAAAAUAUGGAUGAUUACUUUCAGAUGUUUGUAACAAACCAAGAGGCUCAAGAUACUACUGAUGUUUCUACUGAAGACUGUGCCUAUACUGGUGGCAAUGUCUGUCCUGGCUUUUACCCUAUAUUACCUCAUGUCAAAAAAUGGUGGAGAGAAAUCCUCACAGGCUCCCAAAACUCUCCUGGACUCAACAAUUAAAUACUCCCUGCCCCUCACGGAGAAGGAGGACAUCAGCCAUGAUACCAAGCGCCUCCGCUUUGGCCUUCCAUCUCCCUCCCAUGUCCUUGGCCUUCCAGUGGGUCAGCAUGUUUAUCUCUCUGCAAAAGUCAAUGGCAGCCUUGUGAUCCGUGCUUAUACCCCAGUUUCAAGUGAUGAGGACAAGGGCUUUGUUGACCUGGUUGUGAAGGUAUAUCACAAAAAUACCCAUCCAAACUACCCUGAUGGGGGUAAGAUGUCUCAGUACCUCAAUAACAUGGGCAUUGGAGACGCUAUUGAUUUCAGAGGGCCUAAUGGACUGCUAGUCUACAAGGGAAAUGGAACAUUUGCAAUCCGUCCUGAUAAAAAAUCUGAGGCCAAAGUCAGGAAGUUUAAACAUGUGGGAAUGAUUGCCGGUGGAACAGGUAUUACCCCAAUGCUCCAGCUGAUUAGAUGCAUCACAUCGAACCCUACCGACAACACCAAGUGCUCUCUUUUAUUUGCCAACCAGACAGAGAAAGACAUCUUGUUGAGAGAGGAGUUGGAUGAGGUUCGGUCAAGUCACCCAGAGCAGUUCAAACUGUGGUACACCCUGGAUAAGCCACCACAGGGAUGGGCGUACAGCUCAGGAUUUGUAAGCACUGAGAUGAUUAAAGACCACCUCCCUGCACCAGCGGAUGAUGUGCUCAUUGUGAUGUGCGGCCCACCACCAAUGAUCCAGUACGCCUGCCUGCCAAAUCUCACCAAACUGGGCCACACGUCAGAGAACACCUUUGCCUACUAACAAGUGAUGAACACGAUGACAUUAGUGUAGACCACAAGGCCUCUGAGAUUUGAUACCAUUUCAUUGAAUAAAUGCAUUUUUUAUUUGUUAUA